AUGGCAACAACAGUCCCGUCACUGAUUACGGAUCAUGGACAAACGCCUGCGACGCAAAAAAGCGCGAGCAAUUCACCCCAUAUCACAAGAAAAGUAACCGAUGUGAGCAGAAAUUCUUCAGUGCUGACGAAUCGAACACGAAAAAGUACACUGAAAGAGUUGAGCCCUUCGGAGUUACUAGCCGAUGGCACGAGCGGCUGGGUUUGUCCUGGUAUCGACAACCUGAUGUUAGUCGUAAGCGUUUUCCUUUAA